GUAUCAGUCAAAGCCGGAUCUCUCAUUGGCUGUUGCAGCAGGGAUCAGACCUGAGUGAACAGAAGAAGAGAGCAUUUUACCGAUGGUAUCAACUUGAGAAGACAAACCCUGGGGCUACACUAAGUAUGCGACCAGCCCCCAUUCCAAUAGAGGAUCCUGAAUGGAGACAAACACCUCCCCCAGUCUCUGCCACAUCUGGCACGUUCCGACUACGACGAGGGAGUCGAUUUACUUGGAGAAAGGAGUGCCUGGCUGUCAUGGAAAGUUACUUCAAUGAGAAUCAAUAUCCAGAUGAAGCAAAGAGAGAAGAAAUUGCAAAUGCUUGCAAUGCAGUUAUACAGAAGCCAGGCAAAAAACUGUCAGAUCUGGAACGAGUUACCUCCCUGAAAGUAUAUAAUUGGUUUGCUAACAGACGGAAGGAGAUCAAGAGGAGAGCCAAUAUCGAAGCAGCAAUCCUGGAGAGUCAUGGGAUAGAUGUACAGAGUCCAGGAGGCCAUUCCAACAGCGAUGAUGUCGAUGGGAACGACUACUCUGAGCAGGAUGACAGCACGAGCCACAGUGACCACCAAGACCCCAUCUCAUUAGCCGUGGAAAUGGCAGCAGUCAACCAUACCAUCUUGGCAUUGGCCCGACAAGGAGCCAAUGAAAUCAAGACAGAGGCCCUGGAUGAUGACUGAUCAGGGAGGGCUAACCAUGACUAGUUAACUUAGUUUAGAUGUAGCACCUUAGCGGACUUUCCUCGGUCCUUACCAUGUGUUCUUACAGUUUAACUCACAAUUUCUCGUGUGUCGGGUAGUGUUAGGGUCUUGUUGUGUGAAGAUGGCAUGGUGCCUCAGCCUUUGCAUAUACUCUCAGUAUUAAUUCCCAGUAACUAGUAACCAGCGGCCAACCAGACUUCCCUCCCCCACCCCCAAGGCUAGGACAUCUUGCUGCUCUGUCUUUCAUUCCAAGAAAGUGCUUCCAGGUAUCUAUAUAGCCCUCAGUUCUCAAAUCUUAGGCUACACAUAAAAUCUCGGGUACCUUUAGAUUCAUGUAACACUAGUCUACCCCCUUUCUUCCCCAAGACUGAUAGGAGCAAGCUGAGGUAGUGGCACAGGAUUGACAGACACCAUUUGGGGAGUAUCCACAGCAUAAAAGGAACACUAGAAUCCCCACCUCAGCAUGAGAAUAACCGAUUCCAGCUGCAAUAAGCCGUGCCUCGUUACAGUCACACUGUGGCUAGAUUAUACUUCUUUGGGUGCUGUGCUAAGAAUGUCAAUGGAAAAACUCGAUCUCAGAUUUUGGUUGAUGUUAACAUGCCUGACACAGAUAUCCUUUCUUCUCACAAGCUGUGUGACUUAGCAGAUAAAAUACUGCCUUUGGGACCAUGAUUAAAAAAAAAAAAAAAAGACAAAAAACAAAAGUCAUAAGAAACAACCCCAGCUUGAGAGCAUUGGAAAACAGUAUGAGCUGAAUGUCUGAUGGAUGCCAAAUCCCGCACUUGGCACCGCUGUACAUUCCGCAGCAGUUAUCAGUGCCUGCCUGCAAAAGUUCUGCAGGUCAUCGAGGAAGCUGCUUUGCCUCCUGUCGUGUUCCCUUUCCCUGCUACCAAACAAAGUCUUUCAAGGAUGGAGCUAAGGUCAAAAAUGAGUGAAAGAAUUACAGUCUUUGUAUCCAUUAACUGAAGCCCCCUCAAUCUGAGAGGCCGAUAGAGGGCUUUGUAGUGGGAUUAUGUUGACCGACUAUCAGCGAUGCAAACACUUGCCUAAAUAGGAGCGGAAAAAAGCAGGGGACAUUUACCACUUAUCUUGUGGGUGUGUGAGAUACAACAGGAUGUGACUGCUUUGGUGUUCUCUGUAUUCUGUCCUUGUAGAGGUGUGAAAAGCUAUAUUGUUACAGGCAAUUUAUUUAAUAAUUGGAAGCCAUAUUGAUAACGGAUGUGGUAAUAUUUGUAAAGUUUAAUCUACUUUAAGCGGCAGUAACUAAUGUAAUUUUUUUCCUUGAUCACAUAUGUAGCACUUUUGUUACUUUUUAAAGAUAUUUAUAUUUGAUAAAUCUUUUUUUUUCAUUUUGAGAACUCAAAAUACCAAACAGUGAACUUGCGUUAUAAAGUCACCCUGUGAUCACCUUGUCAUCUAGUAGCAAAAUGAUGAACUAUUCAUGCAUCAAAGAAAAUUACAUCUGCUGGCCUUGUAUGAAAAUGAUCUCUUGACAUCCUGAUUAAAUGACACACUGUCACUGUG